CUCAACGCAAUUUGGUAGUUUACAAAAAUGUAGUACCAAAAAGCGUUGGAUAUGAACGGUAUAAAUAAUAAUCUCAUGAUUUACAAAAAGAGUAUUUUGUGACGAAUAAACAAUAUUAUUUGAAAGAGAGUCAUGAUGGAACUUAGUCGCUCAUCCGACCUUGACCUUUUGACCUUGAAAAUAUAACGGAGACGUAUUUAACAUGUUGUGUAUAUUUGUUGUAAUACCAAAAGAUAUAGAUAAUAGAUAAGUCCCAAUCAUGUGGAUAUAUAUGUAACAUGUUCACAUUUUGAAAAUUUGAUUAUCAAAUCUGACUGUUAAAACAGCUCGUAGAACUAGGAUCCCAGCUUUUUCAGUUGACGAAGAAGAACUGUAACGGGAUAUAUUUUUUAUCAUUAUCACCGUAAAUUCAAGUCAUUCGCUGUUAACUACGCGAAAAGUGAGCGCUAGGCCAUUUUCUUAUUGUCGGCUGUAUUGAUUGUCAUCAGUCAAAAUAUCUUUGCGCAUCUUGCAUAAAAUUAUAUGUGUAAUUUACGGUGUCAAUCCAUAAAGCAUACCUCGGAGCGCAUUUUACCGUGCCCACAGCUCAAAACAAACCAGGUAUGAUGGACUCGGGUAAAAAAGGUAAUAUGAUUUAUUAAGACUCUCGCCAUGUCUCACGGAACUUUUGAUACGUUUAUUUUUGUAGUAUGAUAUGCAUUUAAUGCAAUGAAGGACAAGACAACGUUCUGUAUCGACUCACGGCGUAUUAUGUAAACCAUGACACAUAGUUGGUUAAAGUAUAGUAGUUGCAGUAUAAGUAUCUCUUUAUACAGUGUAAAAGAGUUAAAAGAAUUGUUCCACGCAAAGUCCUAAUGACCGUAAAACGAGGAAAAAGCGUAUUUGACAAGGUACCUGUAUUUUCACAAGCACGGGAGUCCUUUUCGCAAAUGUAAAUUGUCCAGAAUAUAUGGCAGUAGUUAGGAUAAUCUCUAUCUGUAAUUUUUUUUCCUUCUUUAUCUAUAUAAAUCCGCCAUUUUGUUUUUUGUGGGGUCAAUUUUUUGAAAAAAAAAAAUAAAAUCGAAAUUCUUGGUAGCAGACGAUAGGGAGCGCAGCCAACCUACAAUAGAGAUACGUCCAACCCUUAUUCUGUGAGAUCGGGUUACGGGGGAUAUGCUGCAUCUAAAUAUCGAAUGUCAAGGAGAACAAUAAUGGGUAGGUCAACACAGGUCAAUAACGGUGUCCUAUCUCAACCAGAUUUCUUACAUUAAUUUUGAUGACACUGUCGUUUAUUUAACUGCAUUUAAAUUAACAACAAAACCGCGGUAUUCGUUGUUAUUUUAUUUACACGCAUUGUUAUAAACGUUCAUUUUAAUAAAUAUCGAAUGUCAAUCCAAGUCGACGCACCCUUUUCAAUGAUUCACAAAAUUCAGAUAUAAUUUCUAUUUUUUUUACACAAUGGUUUUAUAUAAACUCGUUAUAAAUUCAAAUAUUCAUUUAUUUAUCCAUUCUUUUCAAAGCUAUUAUUCAAAAUGAAAGCAUUUCAUACUGAACGAUCGUAUAGGGCUAGUGUUAUACAUUUUUCUAUAGAUUCAUUAUAGGGUUGACCGACUCUGUGUAAAAUGAUACUGUUUAGUACUACCUUAACAGAGUCAGGUGUAAAAUAAUACGAUCCUUUGUGUUAGACUGAUAUAUUUUAUACAUAAUCGGAUGACAAAAGAAUUUAUUAAUAAGAUUUUAUAACCGUUUAUUGUCUGUUGUUAAUACUGAGGUGUGUUGAUAUAACGAGAGCCUGAUUGAACACGAUCGGUUAUGAUUAGUUAAGGGAUUGCUAAACCUUUGUUCCAAUAUAAUAGAACGUUACGUCACAUAAUCAUUAUUCUUUAUUAAUUAAAUGCGGUCUUCUUUUAUGUUCCAUUUUGACUCAUCUUAAGGAUUGGUGAUUAUAAAUUUAUACAGAAGCACAGGGAAAUCAUUCGUACGUAUCUACCACUACCACCACCGCAGUAGCCACCCAUGCCAUGAAUAUAGUACCACUUUUGAUUCCCUGCAGUUUGUUAGCGAGUUAACUCAGCACCGAAUAAUACGGAUGUGUACAGCCAGUCUACCUACCCGUCUACCAGUCCUAUCGAUUUUUUGUUAUCUCUCUGACCCGUGACAUUCCGCAAAAUAACAUCGCUGCAUGGCAUAGUUGUACUGACGAGUUACUUAACUCGGAAUUUCAAUUUAUUAAUUUGAAAUUUCGAGUUAAACUAAUGAAUAAAACGCACCUGGAACUAAUGCUCUUACGUAGCUUUAUGUAUUAUUCUGAAAUUAAGUUAUUAAGUUUAUAAUUAAUUAGUGAGAGUACAAUCUUUCUUUUGGUUGCCAUGUUGUGUAAAUAAAUGUUAUAGCAAUACCAUAGUCUUUAAAAAGAAGCAGUAUAGAUAAAAUAACACCGCAUUAAAAGUUUUUCACGGACAUGCAAUUAUAUCAGAUAUAUUUCUUGUCCUUAACACUGACAUUGUUACAAUACAAGUACUAUUCCCCGAUGAUAACGUGAUUCCAGCCGAAACGCGAGGACGAGUCCAUUUUAUGAUAAUUGAUGAAAAUACAAUUCAUAAUGCUUGCACAUUAUCUGAUGCUUGCACAUUAUCUGACAAGUAAUUAUUAGUAUUUCUUUAAUUUUAACUAUCCAGUUAGUAUACUGCAACAUAGCUCAGUAUAACAAUUGGACAUUUAAGCAAAGUGUUUUGGAGUGAGGAUCUUUUCAGAUUUUUUUUCUAUUCGUUUUCAUUUUUGUUCUCAUCUUUUCGUUCCUUUCUUUGAUGGUUUGUAUUUGCAUAUUUAUCUUUUUAUAACAUAAUACAUGUAUUUAGUAACUCACAAAAUCUUUGCUUCAGUAGUUUUCAUGUAUGAACUCGUGUAUUAUACAAACGCUAUAUAGGUGUGUCCAAACUCAAACAUUACUGAAAUAUAGGUUCUCGAACAGUAUUUCCCAUUCUCUGAAAAUAAACAUUGUUUUAUUCUAGAUUCAAUGUAAGCAAACGAAGUCCACUCUGUGGUUGCAUAAACCAAAAAAAAAAAAAAAAAAAAAAAAAAAAAAAAAAAACGUAAGACUGGAAAUAUAAACAGUUUAGAACGAGAAAAAAGCUUUACGCACCUAAGAAAAGAAAAAUGCAAAACCCAGUCGAUGCAUUUAUGCCAAGUAUCCUAAGAAAAAAAAUAACAUUGAAAUUACUGUUUUUCAAAAAUUCUCGAAACGGAAACGUAACUUCCCUCAUUGGGAAGCGCAUGGUAUAGAUCUAGAUUGAAUUAUUCGUUUUCCAAAGAAUACUUAAGUUAAGCAAAUAACAAAAAACAAAAACUGAGUGGGAAGGGGGUCAGAAUUAUGACUCAAUACAAAUUCAAUGUAAAUACGUAUACAUAUGUUUCCCGAUUGGGAAGUUACAUUUCCGUUUCGGGAAGCUUUGAAAAUAAAGUAUAAAAGUUUAAUAACAAUUUUGUUUCGGCAUUAAAAAAUUGGAACAAUAAAAAUUUAGGUAAAGUAUCUAACUUUAAAUUGGCAUAUCUCAUUUAAUGACUCCAUGUAUACUCUUAUGCACUGGGCCAUGUGAUGGAAGCAAGUCAAAAAUGAUGAUUUCGCUCCACAAACGGGAAACAAGUUACUAUAUUCGGUAAAAAGUUUCCAGUUCAGGAAAUAGGGAAAACCAUAUAUUGAUUUCCCACAUACUGGUUAUAAUGAUAAUACAAGAGCUGUCAGUAAGACAGUCAGUGCUCGACUAUUCGAAUUGUUGACACAGAAGCAGGAAUAUUAAUCUAAUGUUAAAAUAUCAACCAAAACUUUAACCAGAAGUUUUCUGAGUCCAAAAGGGGGCAUAAUUUGUCCAAAAUACAUGUCUAGACUAGUUAUAUAACUCCGAAGACACAUGUGAAGUUUCAAUUUAAUAUCUGCACUUGUUAACCAGAAUUUUCUUACUCCAAAAGGGGGCAUAAUUUGCUCCAAAUACAUGUCAAAGUUAUGAGACUUGACCCAGUAGGUUUGGUAAUUGAUCUAGAAAAAGAAACAAUAAGUUUCAAAUCUGUAUGCCUUUAAGUAAUAGCUAUAUGUACUUGCACGCAAAACUUUAACCAGGAUUUUCUAAGUCCAAAAGGGGGUAUAAUUUGGCCAAAAUGCAUGUCAGAGUUAUAGGACUUGAUGCUACCAACUAGUUUUAUAACCCCGAAGACACAUGCGAAUUCAUUUCCCAUUCAUUUCAAUAUCUGCAUGAAUUUUGGUGAUAGUAUUUUGCAUGCAGAACUUUAACCAGGAUUUGUAAGUCUAAAAGGUUGCAUAAUUUUUCCAAAAUACAUGUCAGAGUUAUGGGACUUGACCGAUGGAGGUUGACCUAAAAAAGAAAAAAAAAAUAAGUUUCAAAGCAAUAUGCUUUUAAAUGAUAGCCAUAAUUAUGUACUUGCAUGCAAAACUAUAACCAGGAUUUUCUAAGUCCAAAAUGGGGCAUAAUUUGGCCAAAUUGCAUGUCAGAUUUAUGGGACUUGAUGCUAUCACCUAGUUUCAUAACCACAAAGACACAUGUAAAGUUCAAUAUCUGCAUUAGUUUUGGAAAUAGAAACUUACAUGUAAAACUUCAACCAGAUUUUUUUAAGUCCAAAAGGGGGCAUAAUUGGGCCAAAAUACAUAUCAGAGCAAUGGACUUGACCCGGCGAGGUUGGUAUUUGACCUAGAAAAAGAAACAAAAUAAGUUUCAAAGUUAUAUGCCUUUAAAUAUUUUAACCAAGGUGUGACGUCGACGUCGACGCCAGGGUGAGUAGAAUAGCUAGACCGUUCUUCGAAUAGUCGAGCUAAUGAUAGGCUUUGUAUCUAAUUUUUCGAGGAACUGUCUCGCCACAACGGGGUUAUUACAUACAAAACACCAUUUAUAGUAACAUAUAAAAUUAUAUGAAAUACACGUCUUCUGUUGCGUAUAAAUGACAGAGGUGGUGCCAGAGACCACAUAUAAAAUUUAAAUAGUUACGUGAUUAUAACAAGAGACAAGAGAUAUCGAGUGUAGGAACUCCGAUUAUCAAUUUGUUGUAGGCCCAAAAACAACGCAGCGGAAUACAGCCAGAAAGGAAAAGCCCAUGAAACAAAUGUAGCAAGAUUGCAUUUUCAAUAGAUUAAGAACUGUAAAAAAUAAAACUCCAGUUAGUACACAGUUUUCGUCAUUAUGCACUGUUUAUAUAUACGACUUUCUGACGUCAUCCAAGUUUGUAAAAUGCAUUAUUUAACAACAGAGGAGAAACUGGCAGUUUGUCUUUAAACUGUCAAAUGUUUGGAGCAAAAACUUCAGUGCAUGUUUCAAAAGAAACCAAAAAAUGACAAUAAAAACUUUGGCUGAAAUGUCUACAAUGCAUAAAUACCAUCAAUAUUAAGGCAGUUAAGCUCACUAAACUGAACAUCACACGCUUAAAGGACUCCGAUGCAAAUUUAAUAGUUUGAAAGGACUCCUGUGCCGUUGCCAUUUCGUUUGGAUUCAGUUUGCGUGUUACUGUAGCUCUUCAAAUGACGCACGGAUCGUUUAUUAUUACAAGUUAAGUAUUAUACCCAAAAGAAGGUGUCAGGACCAAUGAGCUUGACGAAAAUGUGGCAUGUGUCGAAUUAAUGUGGAAAACUCUGCGCGUUCACGGCCAUUCCAGCUUAGAUCUGUCAAUUGUUUUCACUAUUUUAUGAAAUUGAAUUGUUAAAGUUUCAUUUUUAGCCAUGUAUUCAUAAGAAAUAUAUAUAGCAAGUUCCAUGAAGGCACACUCCCGAACAAUUAUUGUGAAAAAAAAAACAAAACAAAAAAAACAACAGCAAACAUUUAUUUACAACGUUUUAUGGUUGUUGACAACUCGCUUGUUUUUAGUUGCAAGGUUCCGGUGCCUACGCUUCGACGUACUGGGCACGGUAAAUUGUGCUAUGAGAUAUCCGUUAUGGACUGCCACCGUGUAAUUGUUGUUCACAUGUCUAACAGGAGGCACCAAAACGAAAAUAAGAAACUCGACAAAUAAGAUAUUUUCGUGUCGCCGGAGCGAAAGUACGCAAACACGAAAACUCGACAAAUAAGGUUUUGGUCGGGGUUUCGUGUCAGCGACAACACGACAAAUAAAGGGUGCCAAUACGACAUAUUCAUAACCUCUAAUACGAAAACUCGACAAAUAAAUAUGUCGUGUAGGCGCCCUCUAAACGUCGUGUUUUCGUAUAAAAUAUGUCAAGUUUUCGUGUUUGCGGGUUUACGUGUUGUCGCGUUUCCCCUCGCCAACACGCCAUGCCAGAAAUCAGCCAUCGUAUGACACUAACUGGCGUGAUAGUUUAUUUGCGUGUACACAAUCCGAUCUAUCUUUUCAUUUACGCAUACGAUGGUCUCUUUAUCAAUGAUAUUUUAAUAUUCCUUUUGCACCUGUGUAAAAACACUUAGGCAUGUGAUUAGUAGUUCUUCGGAACCAUCUCAUCAAAAAUUCUAUGUUUGAAGGAAAAAAUCACCCGCUGGCUUGUAAAUGAAAAAUAGUCAUCGCGAUUGUGCGGCCGAUAAGUAACAGCAAUAUGUUCAAUAAACAUAUUAUAUGGACACUAACUAAAACUGGCCAUGGUCUGCUAAAAAUAAGGCCUCAACUGGGAUUGAGACUAUUUCUUCUCUUUGAAAUGUAAAUAGAAUAUUAUGAUUUCGAGGCAACUCAUUUAGACUUGAAAACUAGGAUACCCUUAUUUAGAUAUCUUUCUAUUCCUAAACAUAUUUCUAUCCGAACUACUUGUUAAUAAUAAUUCUACUAAAAAUAGCACAUAGAUAAACUUGUCACUUUAGAGGUAAAAUUGCAUACGAUCUGCAAAAAAGGCUAUACUGGAGACAUAUAUUCUAAAGACAUAAAUCGAAGUUAUGCAGUAAGAUCAGAAUCAUUGCCUUUGUAAAUGACAAAAUGACAAUUUUUGUUACAAAAUAUUUGGUCUAACAGAAUAAUUACCAUACCGGUAUUUCAACAGUAACGGAUAUUGUUUUAAGUCACACAAGACUGAACAGUUGAGUUAGUGCCUAAAGUCUUUAGGAUGCACAGUAUCCCGCUUUUAUUUUUAGGAAUUUUAUAACUGUGCAGAUUUUAAGAAAAGUACCUUUCUGAACAUUUUAACACAUAUAGUAAACAGGGUGCAUGUACCACGUGACUUUUUCGCUAAUCUGGGGUGCCAAAAACAUGGCGGAUUCCUCGAUAAAGACAUUUGUGUGCCAGGAAUGUGGAAGGGCUUAUAAUUCCAAAAAAAGCCUUCUGCGCCACGAAAGAGGCCACAGAAAUCUUGGACCUUACAUGUAUAACUGCGGCGAGCGGUCUUUUCCGGACAACAUUUCUAUGCGAAAAGCUAUUCCAGACUGGCGGCCAUGACAGAUGUGGGUGAGAAAUCAUAAAGAGUGACUGAGUACUUUGAUAUGUAGCAAAGAAGUUCAUUGUUGAUGAUAGUGUUUCUUUAUGAUUUAUUGAAUACGAUCAGAAAUACAGAGCUCUCAAUGCUGUAAACUUUUUGUUGUGAAAUUCGCCGCUGAAUCCAUUUCCAAAAGUGUUCGUUUUACUAUACAGCAAAGAAGGAGAAAUUGUACCGGGCCGACACCACAGAGUGAAAGUAGUGCCUAGUGUAUAAAAAUGCAACUCAACUGAAAGAAAUGGCAACAAGCAACUUUUCAGACAACGAUAACUGGAUACUAGCUGCAUUUGGAUUAACAUAUCUGAAAGAAGGGCUUGAAGAAUUUAUUGAUUAUACUUUGGGACAGCAGCACAAUGAAUUUCUCAAAGUUUUAUCUCCUCAAACUGGACAGUGCUACCAGUGUUCUAUUAAUACUAUUCUUCCUUUUCAUGCUACUAGUAAAAGUGUUUGUAAAAGAAGGAACUGUAUUUGCAGAGAUAAAAAAAGAAUAUUGUGUCCAAAUGGACAGUGUAGCCAGAUACAUGACUUAAUUGUUUCUGAUCACCGGAAAAAAGACCCAAACUGGACUAACACAGAUCCCCGCAAAUGGUUUACAAGUCACAUCAGCAUCGGAACAUGCUUCAUAAAUACACAUGGUUAUCUUCAUUUGCGAGCAAUCAAUGAAAUUGACUGCUUGGGGCUCCUGAGUAUAAUUAUCAACAAUACCUACUUUGAACGUGUAGUUGGACCCAGCUUUGUACUUCAGGAUAUCAUAAAGGCCAGAGAUGCCAGAAAUGAUAUUUUUCAUGAUCCAAACCUACAGCUAGUUGACAGUAAAAUGCAGUAUUUCAUUAGCUUAUUUAUGAAAGUUUUAGCAAUACCACAGAUUAAAACCACAUCUGCAGCCAAGACGGCACUGGCAAAGCUCACUCUGAUAAGAGAUGGACAACACCCUUACAGCAAUCAUGGCGAACUGGAAAAGGUGAAACUUGAAAAUAAAGCUUUAGGAGAAAUCAUUGAAGCCAAAGCCGUGGCACUGAAAUCAGUUGAAAAGAGGGUUUUUAAAGUCGAGCAACAAAUCGAAGAAAAUGACCACAUGAGUGAAACAAAUACAAGCGAGCAUGGUGGUGUGUUUCAAUCCUAUGACAGAUGGAGAAAGAAGAAAAAGCUGAGGCGUGACCUGAUAUGUUUCUACAGAAGUAAAUAUAGUACACUUUCAAUAUCUCCAUUAUUCCAAACAAACAACGCCCCGCUAUUGAAAUUUUAUGCUACACCAACUUUGUAUCAAAUAGAAUCAAAAUUACGGAGGGACUGGGAUACUGAAAAAAACACAGACCGAGCAGAAAGAAUUAUCGAAAAAGGAAAUCGAGUUCAACUAAAUGGAAAAAGGCGACAGCCGAUAGCACUAACUAAUGUGUUUUUUAGAGACUCCAAUAAUCUUAACAAUGUAAUAUACCUAACAUCCGAUGCUGGAUAUGGAAAAACAUCAUUUGCGAAACGGUUGAUUAUGUCUUGGUGUCAAGCACAUGACACUCUUAAAACAGACAGACACUUUUACAACAAUAUCGAAAUAUCAGUAAUGGCAAAAUUCGAUUUCUUGUUUUUCAUACCUCUGAAAGAAUAUCGCGAAAUGGAGCACAAUGUGGAUAGAAUGAUAUAUAGGCAACUAGACACAUGUUUACGACGUCCAUUUCCUUAUUCUUUCGUAACUUAUGUUUUAAACAAUAAAAAGUGUUUGAUUAUUCUAGAUGGUAUAGACGAGUGGAUCCCGCCAAGUAUAAGCAACUUCAAACAUACGUUUGAUAUACCACACUCCAAAUUCAGAGAAACAUGUAGUGUUCUUGCAACAACAAGGCUAUGGAAAUUCAGUAAUAUAGAUAUUGAAAGUGAACACUUACAUGUCGAAUUGUCUGGUUUAGAAGACAAAGAAGCCAUUAAGCUUAUAGAAAACGCUGUUUCUUUCUUAAAUGACAAAUAUGGACGCCGCAAAAAUCAUACUCAUUUUUACAGAGAUAUAAAGAUGCAUCGUUUACAUGAUAUCAAAAAUGUACCUUUGCUGUUAAUGCAAACGAUUUGUUUGUGGUUUGAUGGCAAGUCACUUGGAAACUCCCGCUGUGAAAUUUACUUCAACUUGGUAGAGCUAUUGUUGCGUAAAUGUGAGGGUCGCCCGACGGAAAUAAAAGUGACGAAAGAAGAUAUUGAAACGACAUUGCCUGCAUGGUUUUCUGAAAACGAGUUUUGUUGCAAAUAUUAUGCGUAUAUUUCAGCACUUGGAAAAUUGUCCUUCCAUACAUUAUUUGGCACUAAUCAGGGAUCAUCAUUAGUUUUCAGCCAAACAGUAACAAAGAAAUACAUCGAAGAAAAAGAACUGCAAUUCGGUUUAAAUGUCGGACUAUUAAGUAAAGAUAAAGUGCUCGGAAAAUUGGCCUCAGGCCAUUACAAUAUAUCGUUCAUACAUAAAACGUACCAAGAACUUCUUUCUGCUCUCUAUAUUACGUCACAGUAUCGUGAUCCGGAAAACGUGUAUCGUAUGAUAAAUUGCUAUUGUUCCACGAUUGAAAAUGUUCUCGAGAUGUCUAAAGUUUUCAUAUUUCUCUCUGGAUUAAAUCCAAACAUGUUUGAGGAUGUUGCGGUUAACUUCACACAAUUUGUAGUUCGCGAUGAAACGCAAACAAGUGAUAAAACUUUGAGCGCUCUGUAUGAAUACCAGACAAUGGUGCUUAACUGUUACAAGGAAAUACAUGCUAAUAACGAGAAAAAGUUUGACUUUAGAUUAUGUGACAUUAUUUUGGAUGAGCAUAUAUGUCAAGCAGAUUUAAAGCUACUACAAGAAAAAUCAGACAAGAAAGGCAUUUUGUCAUUACGCCUUAAAGCUGGAAAGGCUUGUCCUGUAAAACAGCAGAUCGUCAAAGAAGUUUUAGAGAAGUCGAUUGACCUACAACAGCUACAGCUACAAAUACAGAAUACUCUGAAACUUGGCUUUCCAGUGACAUGGCUCGAAAUGUCAAAUGACAGUCUCAAUAGUCAUAAGCAAGUUCAACUGAUUUAUCUAUCCGGAAUAUCUUUAUUUAAUCUAGACCUGUCAAGCUGUUUGGAGUUACGCUCUCUGCACAUUGCCGAGUCUCAGAUAAAAACUUUGGACAUAUCCCAUUGUGUCAAAAUUCAAAACCUCCAUCUAGAGAAAAUUCCAAUAACACAUGUUACCCUUCCGUGUUCAUCUUUGCAUGAACUCCACUUAAAGUACCUUAAUAUAUCAGAAAUAGAUCUAGCUUGUUGUGUCAACUUACUAUACUUACACAUAGGAGAACUAACUAUAUCAAAAUUAGAUCUGCAACCUUGUAGCAAACUAAAAGAGUUACGACUCGAAUGUAUCAAAAACAUAUCUCAGUUGCACCUGUCUCCUUGUACGCAAUUACAACAAGUACACAUACAAAACAUUGGGUUAUCAACCGUUGAUCUGUCCACUUGCAAAUAUCUAAAACAAUUGCAUCUAGAGGACAUGGCAGUGUCAGAGCUACAGCUGUCAUGUUGCAAAGAAUUACAACAGUUGCAUCUAAAUGACCUGGCUCUAACAAAGAUUGAUUUAAAAUACUGUCAAAAACUACAAAAACUACAUCUGCAGCGUCUGUGGAGAAUUUCAGAAAUCUGCAUAGACCGUUGUUUACAUCUUCAGCAGAUGAUCUUGCAUGGUCUGGAAAUAAAGAGACUUGAUCUAUCUAUUUGUGAGAAGACAGAAAUUCUACAACUUCGGGAAAUCAGCAUUACACAGCUCGACUUAUCAGCUUGUGUCAGUUUAAAACAAUUCCUUGUUGAAGAUCUUGUAAUAACGGAUCUGAACAUGCGUUGUUGUACACAGCUACAGCGAUUGGAAGUUCACCGACUUGCCAUAGAACAGUUAAACCUAUCCUUUUGUCAACAGCUCAAACAACUACAUUUAAAAUAUCUUUGGAGGCUAUUAUCGAUUAACCUUACUUAUUGUACACAACUACAGCAUUUACACGUGCAGUCUCUUACAAAAGUUCAUCAGCUGCAGUUAUCGCCUUGUGAACAGCUACGAAUAUUACAUGUUGAGGAAAUUUCAAUAGCAAAGUUAGAUCUGUCUCCAUGUCUGCAGUUACAACAAUUACGAUUGCAGGAACUUGAAAUACCCCGUGUGACUCUUGUACCUUGUGAAAGAAUUCACAUACAAUCUCUCAACAAACUGUCUAAUAUAGACAUGUCUUUGUGUGGAAAUCUUCAAACAUUACACCUUCAGUCACUCCAGAAAUUAACACAACUAGAUUUAUCGCCGUGCAGAUAUCUGAAACAACUUCAUUUAGAAGAGAUGGAAAUAUUACAGUUUAAUCUCUCAAAAUGCCAUCAACUCGAAAACUUAUUUUUAAACAGACUACCAGUAACAACACUAGAUAUGUCUUCUUGUGAACUGUUGCUAUGUUUACGACUGUAUCACGUAAAAGUAGCAUAUCUUGACCUAUCAUAUUGUACGCAACUGACUGAGAUAGAUCUGAAAGAGCUUGUUGUCAAAGAACUGAAUUUUUCGCGAUGUGAACAACUGAAUCAGCUGGAGCUACAACAUUUGAGGAGAUUAUCACAGCUAGUCCUAUCACAUUGUACAAAGCUGCAGUCGGUUCGCCUUGUUUGCGUUCCAGUGCCUAGGCCUGACCUAUCACACUGUACACUGUUAGAUGAAAAUAACGUUGACAUCAAACAGUAGUUCUAAAAGAUACUAUGGUUUAAGAGGAACAUUAAGAAGUUCCUUCAAGGUGGUUAGUUUUAUCAGAGGUUUAUAAGUUCAAACGCAAACAGCAUUGGAUCAGUUAAAAUACGACAGAUAGUAAAAAGAGAAAUGUAAAUAUAAGAUAUUGAUCCUACUUUACAUUUGGGUAUCAGAUACAUGGUUGUGUUUAGAGUGUGCGUUUGUGUGCUUAAGCAUCGGUGUGUUAUAGGCGGUGCCCUACAGCGUUGUUAUAUCUUACUUGCCUGUUUAUAUAUGUAAGUUAAUUAUGUGUGUGUACACGAGUUUCUGCGCUGCUGCGAUUUACGUUGUAGAGUAACUGUGAUUAAGGAACGUAGCAUUUCCUUUUGUAUAUUCAUCCUUGUUCCACUUUCUCCUUCAUCCCCCUUUUCUACCCCAUACCCUUUCCUCCCUUUUUCUGUAUUUUGCAUAAAAUUAAAAUGUACAUGUUGGAUUUUUGAAGCAACCCGUCUAUAAUAUUAUUCCGUUACAGCUUCUGUUGUGGGCCUACUUUGCAAAUGCGUGGCUCUGAGGCUGUGUUUAUGGUGCUUUGUGUUUUUGUAAAAUUAUCAUUCAUCUGUAUAUGUGACAUAGUAAUUUAAUCAGAAUUAGCUACAAGAUUUUUUUUGAAGUUUUGGUAAAAUGUCGCCAAUGCAAGUAACAAGCCAGAAAAUGUGCUGCAAUCAGAGGCAUCUGUCGAUUUGUUCCUUAGAUAACUGGAUAAAUCUUUAAUAGAAGACACGAAUACUGUAAGAUAUCAUAAAAAUGCUUCUUUUAUAUGACUGAGCACCGUUAAAUGUAUGUAAUAUCAUACAUGUGGCCAAUGUUAAUCAUUGGUAUCCAUGUUGGAUAUUCAUCCUUGUUUUUAAAAUCAUCGGUUCAUAUUAUUAGAAUACUAUUUGCUUUAGAAUGGGACUGUAGAGAAAUUCUUUAGUGGCUAUAUUUGUCUGACACCUUUUUGUCAAUAAAGCUAGAUGUUAUCUAGUACAUUUAUAUAAUUUUGAAUGUUGUCAUAAUUUCCCGUCAAAAGAUGUCUAACGUCUUCAAACGUUGGAUGUCGACUAUCAUCCCUGUAAUUUUUGAGUCGGCUAAACGCUGAAAGCGUUUGACGAGUCCUUGCGGUCGCCCGAUUUCUCAUUCUCAUUAAAUGGCCGAACAACACAGUGCAUUGAUGUAGUUCCAUUAGAUUGUCUCUCAUUUCAAAGAGUUCAUUGUUCAAUCGGAUGAAGUUCUGUUAUGUCAAUCCCAUUUGAUAUGACCAAUUUACGAUGUAAUCUGUCAAAUUUAUGAAGUGUAAUUUUGCAAUACUCGAAUAAAGCCACGUAUUUUCUACCGCGGUAACUCAUUAAGCAUAAACACGAAUAACGAUUCUGCCGGAUUCGGUAAUACUAGUUUGCGCAUAUGAUAUAAUGGUGACUAAUUUCAUGCCCUUUUGUCACAGAAUAGCAAAUAUAAUGCUCACAAAUUCAAAUAAAAACUGCAUUUUGAUUAAGUAGCCAAAUUAUCCAUUUGUUUCAAAAAGUAAUCUUUAAAUCAUGGCGCAAAUAACAAAUUUAUUGCGCUGUGCAUUUCAUAAAUUGCGCAGACUUGCCAAGCUCGCGUAACAUUCAGCGAAAGACAAGAUAUAGUUCUAGAACAUACUGCUAGUGUUUUAUUGAGUCGGGAACCUCUGAACGCAUUGGAAUUUCUCUUAUCAAAGAGUUUACCACAUCGAUGGAAUUAAAUUAUGACAGCUUCAUUUUAAAUGACCCGAAUGAGAUAUGAGCAGUACGUUAAUUCUUCCGCGAGACUUCGCGGAUGAAUCCUGAUUACAUUCUGGGCACUUGUCGGCGAAAACACACGUGACCUGUUUAGAACAACGCAUUUUCCGUAGCUUUUCUACGAAUUUGCGUUUGACGGACUUCGGUUUACCAGAAAAUAAAUACUACGAAGAUCGGACAGAUCAAAAUGAUGCAAAAUCGCGAGUGGCGAAGAUGGAAACGUCUACAUAUAACUUCGUUCUAAAUCUUAACCUUUCUAGAAUUUUGACUGGUUCGGAUAAUUUGCUUACGAUUCAGGUAGAAAAAAAUACAUACCGAUACCCAUUCUGCGUUUAAUAUGUUAUCUUGACACAUGGCUUGAAUUUUGCAGUCAAUUAGCGGAUACAUUAUCAGUACAUCAAUCACUAGCCGACUCUCAGGCCCUUCAGGCCUUUGAUUUUAAUUUCAUAAGUCAUUCUGCAACUAAACAAAUGUCAUAGAUACCAUAAUCGUUUAUAACACGUGCUAUAUAUAUAUAUAUAUAUAUAUAUAUAUAUAUAUAUAUAUAUAUAUAUAUAUAUAUAUAUAUAUAUAUAUUUAGAGAAUGUUUUGAGAAAGGUUGUAUUCUAUUAUGUAUUUUUUUUUAAUUUUCAUGCAUACUCAUUUCAUAUAAACUGGUUUGAUAUACAAGAAAAAUUAACAGCAAUGAAACAAUUUAUUUUUAUACAUAUCAGUCAUAAAGGCAAUGUUCAGGUUUAAGUAACGCGACAGUCAAAACUGUAAACAGUUAUACUGUAUGAUUUUAACGUCAUACUUUGGCAGUAUUAAACUUUCAAACAACUUUCAAAGUGUCUUCUUAUAUGGAAAACAUAUCUUCAUAAUAUAUCCAAAUCAUUUGAAGUACAAACAUUUACAUGAUACUAUUAGGACAUUAACCAUUUCAUAUAAGUGGAGGUAAUGUGAUUAAGAUAAAACUAGAUUUAUCCUGAUAAACAUUGAUUAUCAAACUUUUAUAUGAGUGACUCCAUGAUUUACUGUGAUACUGUCUAUUUCCAGCCAUGCACCGAUCAAAGCAUUUAUGUCCCCGUCGUUACAUCACUGAAAUACUGUUGAAAAACGGCGUCAAACCCAAAACAAACAAAAUUUUAUAUGAUUGCCUCGAUGAUUUACUGUGAUACUGUCAAUUUCCAGCCAUGCACCGAUCAAAGCAUUUUUUAUGAUUGCCUCGAUGAUUAUGUCUCCCACCACACAGUGGUGUGGGAGAUAUAUUGAUUUACUCCUGUCUGUGUGUGUUUGUCUUCACAAAGCUUGUCCGCACUCUAAGUCGAUCAUUUCUCACCCGAUCUUCACUAAACUUGAACAAAAUUCGGAAUUAUGGCCCAUGAAUUACAGAAAAAUCCUCAGAGCGCAUGCGCUCUUGUGCACCCAAAACGUACCCUAUACUACUAAUAAAAGUACUUUUAUUAGUAGUAUAGGGUACGUUUUGGGUCAAAGAAAAGUAGUAUAGGAGUCCUUUUUGCUUGAUCAAUGUUCGAAAAUGAGCCAAAUCGACCCAGGCACUUCGGAAUUAUGGCCUUGAAUUACCAAAAAAAAAAAAAACCCCGCUGAAAUUUCUUGCGCAGUUUUGACCUAAAAAGGACACAGAUAAUACUUUUAACAGUAGUAUGUUGGUCCUUUUGGUGUCAAAAAAAAGCGCAAGUGCAUGUGCUCUAAGUAAACAGUAUAUAAAGACUGCCUCGGUGAUUUACUGUGAUACUGUAUAUUUCCAGUCGUGCACCGAUCAAAGCAUUUUAUAUGAUUGCCUCGAUGAUUUACUUUGAUACUGUCUAUUUCCAGUCGUGCACCGAUCAAAGCAUUUUAUAUAAUUGCCUCGGUGAUUUACUUUGAUACUGUCUAUUUCCAGCCGUGCACCGAUCAAAGCAUUUGGUUUAAACAAUAUUUAUUUUCAAGCAGGUAUGCAGCAAACAUAUAUUUACUCAAAUCAAGGAUUGAGUAGGAAGCUAAGCUUAUUUAGAAACUCUUUCCUUAUAAAUAGCAGGGAUAGCUGGUAACUUAGAAAAUAAAGUAUUUAUAAACUUUGGAAAACAUGCAAAUGAAACAUGCAUAUCAAUAAUACAUUACCAAAGCUAGACAACUAUUUAUCUCAUAUUGUUUGUUUUAAAAUGGUAAUGUAGUAUCUGCAUGUAUUUAAACGUGCUUAGAAACAGUAAGUUUUCUUUACAUUGGUUUAUGACUAAGAGAUAUAUGAAGGAAGUAAAAAGGGUAGACAUGAGAGUGUGGCGGAGAUAGAGGUAGAGAAAUAUAGAGAUAUGGUCACGUACACGAGCUGGAAGUGCGGUUGGUUCUAAAAUUAUCAGCAUGGAAAAAGUGAGCAAGAUGAUACAUAAUAUCCAAUAAUUAUUUAUUGUAUUAUAUAAUAUAUAUAAAGAGGAAUGCUAUGUAUCAAAACGCUUGGUUGUUCUGAUGUAAUUAUGGACGAAGAUUUCACUAUUUGACUCAUCCGAGAGGUUUGGGUCUCCAAAUAGAAGCGUAGAGAGAGAAGGUGUGGUGAGGUUUAGAAUGUGAUUGAAGAGUACAGUGCGUUGUUGGCGAUAGAAAUGACAAUCAAAGAAGUAAUGGUGAGUACUUUCAGUUUGGCCACAUUCACAUAGAGGACUGGUGAUUAUGUUUUUUUGAAAAAAGAUGUUCCUUUAAGGUGCUGCAAUGAGUUCUGAGACGAGUGUGUAGAAUUUGGUGCUUACGAUUGCCAAUGUAGUAAUGAGAGGGAACCAUGGGUUUGUUGGCACUGAGUUUGCUUUUGAAAGUGUUGAGUGUAGUACAGUUCCGGUGUUCAAUAGGAAGCUGAUUCCAGGCAUUUACAACCAAUGGCAGGAAUGAAUUUGCGUAGAGUUGUGUAUGACAGCGGAUAUCCCUUGUGUUGUUGGCGUUCCUUAGGUUGUAUGUAGUCGUAUCGCCCACAUUAUCAGGUACGAGAGAAUUGAGAUAUGGAGGAGAUAGGUUGUUUGUCAUUUUAUAAAAGAGUGUGAGUUUGUGUUGUUCUCUUCUUUGUUUGGGAGUUUCAAAGCAGGUUUCCCUAUAGAGAUUAUCGAUAGAAACUAGUUUGGUUGCCCCACAGAUAAUUUUACACGCCUCAUGUUGUAUUUUCUCUAACUCAUAUUGAUCAUGGAGAGAAAGAUUGUCCCAAACGACGUCAGAAUACUCUAGGAGAGGGCGACUGAAAGAUGUAUAGAUAGUUUCUAAUGAUUUUCUGUCAAGAGUAAAUUUGAUCAAAGCAUUUUAUAUGAUUGACUCCAUGAAUUACUGUGAUACUGUCUAUUUCCAGACAUGCACCAAUAAAUGUUUUUAUGUGUUUGAUAUGCUGGUUGAUUUUGAUAAUUUUUAAUUGCAAAUUAUGCUAUCUACAUGUCAUUCAUAAAUCAAAACAUUAUAUAUGAUUUCUAGUUUGAUUUACUAUGAUAUUUGUUACUACCAAUCAUGCACUAUAGCAUUUUGUUUGAUUGUUUCGUUUGGUUAGAGUAAUAUUGUUUAAAAGUAUUUGUAUUUAUUUUCUAUAAUAAUAAAUCGUUUUUAUUGAA